CUACAUUCCUGGCCAUCGAGAUGUUGCGGUUUGGCCUGCUCAACUCCCAGCCGUGGUUCUCCCAUGUUUCCGGGGGUCCUAUGAGGGGAUCAGGUAAGAUGCCGAUUGAUGGGCCGUGGACUGCGCUGAUUUAUCGACUGUAGACGAAGACAAGAGCCAAAACAUGCUGGUUUCCCGCGUCGCCUGUAUCGCCAAACUCCAGCAUAAGAGUAUCGGUUACUCCGGGCCACUAAGCCGCCAGUUGCUCUGCUACCGAUCCCUGAUAUCCGAAGUGCGCUCCACGCUACGGAACCUCAUUGAGGUGGUUCUGACCGGCCUCCUCCUGAGCGGCGAUGCUGAGCGGGAGCGCAACGACUGGGGCGAACUGAGUGUUAAGUUGCCGUUUAUCGACGACAACGACUGCGGUCUGGGCAUCGCUGUGCGUACCUACCUGGAUGAUCUGCCUUUGCAGGCGAAUCCCACAUCGCCGGAGGCGCGGACGGAUGUCAAAGCAAAGGGCAAGGAGUGGUUCCAGCAUAGUGACAGUUUUACGGGCAACCUGGACAUGGCGUUCAAGCUCUGGGAUGCGGUAGGUCCAGCCUCGUGUCUGGUUGCAUGACGUAUUUACUCAUAGUCUUAGGUUUACCGCGGUACACAGAGUGGAGGCACGGAGAUCAAGGACAGCAAGAAUUGGGAGGGUGCGAACCGCUGGUUGGCGGAGCGGCGGUGAUGAGCGAAGGAGGUCCUCUGCUCGGGACAAGAGA